AUGAUUGCAUCGCAGUACAGGGCGACUACAGAUUUAAGAUACUUGAAACGUGAUUUUUGGGAUCCCUUAGCAGGAUCCCCUUCAACGACGGAGAGGGGCCCCCCGUCAGCCUCCCUGCAGUCGCGCGCCACUUCUUCCCCCACCAUCGCAUCCGUCGCCGCCUUGGAUCCCUGCUUCGACCUGCGCACGCGCAUUGUCAUCCCAUUUCCACAGCCUGCUCCGUUCUCCGGCAGUUCAGUGUUCUGUGGUUCAGCGCGCGCUGUCAGUGCCUCAGUCGCCUAUUGGUCAACGAUGUGUGCGAGACAUGCGGCGGUCGCUUUGUAGUUAGACAGUGCGUGUGCAUAAGCGACUAUGACGUCAUCGGACAGUGAGGUGUGACGCUAGAUGACGGGCGUGCUGCUGACUGUCGCGCCAAAGAGACUUGAGUGUGUUUUUGGUAGAGGUGGCGAGUAAGAGAGCUUUUAUGGUGAGUUUCACAUGGUUUUAGAAGCAGGAACAGGAAUAUCCUUACCAGCUUGAGGGCCUCAGACAGUUUUAUUUUCAAAUGUUUAGAAACAGUAAAAUCAAGCUUUUCAUUAAUUACAGACCCACAUGACAAAAAAGUGAUGAGGUCGGACUAUUUUCCCC